AUGACCGCCUCUUUUCCGGCCUUUCAAGGUCGUCAAAAGGAGACGGCGGAAGCCUUUGAAAAGCUAUUGCUUCACUUGACUAAGUACAUUCACCGUACAAAAAGCUUUAUGCGAUGGAUAACUACCAUUCAUUGUUACCGAUUUUUGCAGCAGUUUUCGCGGCAUGGAGUAUUUUACUCGGAAUGGCCUUCCAUCAAAUUGAUGAAGAUUACUUUGCAAACCGAUGAAGUAAAGAAUGUUCCUUGUGGUACAAGUGGUGGAGUUGUCAUUUAUUUUGAUCGUGUUGAAGUGGUCAAUUAUUUGGCGCCUGAAAGUGUUCAUGAUAUUGUCAAGAAUUAUACUGCUGAUUAUGACAAAACACUAAUAUACAAUAAAAUUCAUCAUGAACUAAACCAAUUUUGUAGUAUACAUACUCUACAAGAAGUGUACAUUGAAUUGUUUGAUCAAAUAGAUGAAUUUUUAAAGCGAACAUUGCAAGCAGAUCUAGUUUUAAUGGCUCCUGGUCUAUAUAUUCAAGCGGUACGAGUUACUAAGCCUAAAAUUCCUGAAGCAAUUAGACGCAAUUAUGAAGCUAUGGAAGCUGAAAAAACAAAACUACUAAUUGCUGAACAGCAUCAGAAGUUAAUCGAACGAGAAGCUGAAACUGAGCGUCGUCGUGCAAUAAUUGAGGCUGAGAAGUUGGCUGAGGUUUCUGCGAUAGAAUGGCGAGCUAAACUAGUUGCUCAAGAGCAUGAACGAAAAAUAAGUGAAGUUGCAGAUGCUACACAACUAGCUCGAUCUAAAGCGCUUACAGACGCAGAAUAUUAUCGUUCCAUGAAAGAGGCUGAAGCGAGCCAUUUAAAGUUAACCCCAGCCUAUUUGGAAUUAGCAAAAUACCAAGCCUUGGCACAAAACUCUAAAGUUUACUUUACUGGUGACCAAGGAAAUCUUAUUAUGGAUCUUUUGAAUCAAAUGUCUUCAAGUUUGUCUAAGUCGAACGCGUCAACCAAAGAUCAGGUCACAUCUUCAUUUGUGUAG